AUGUCAUCGUCGUCAUCAUCAUCAUCUUCAUGGAUCACAGACCUCUCUUGCUCCAUCCCCGUCGGCCGACCACCGCAGUCCUCGAUUCCGGCCGCCGUCCAAUGGCUGAGAUUCGUUUUCCUUUCCCCAUGCCCUCAGCGAGCCCUCUUAACCUCUAUAGACAUAAUCUUUUUAAUUCUCCUGUCCCUUUUCGCCGUCCAUAAGCUCUGUUCCAGAUUCACUUCAAAUGGGAGGAGGCUGAUGACCUCAAACGGGCACUCUGAAAUUCACACUCCACUGGUUACUCACAAGGCCGGCGGUGCCGCCAUUGUUAAGGCUGGCUCGUGGUUUAAGCUCACUCUCAUCAUCUCGCUAGCUUUAUCUCUCGUCUCGGCUGUUUCGUUCGCGUUAGCUUUUACCAAGAGCGGUGAAUUCCCGUUUACGACGGUGAACGGCCUUUACUGGCUGUUCCAAGCAGUCACUCAUGCAGUUACAGUAGUGCUAAUUGUGCACGAGAAGAGAUUCAAAGCAACUUCACAUCCUCUAACUCUAAGGAUAUAUUGGGCAGUCGAAUUUAUAGUUUUAGCUCUGUUUUUCUCGACCGGCGUUCUGCGUUUGGUUUCGUUUCAAGAAUCCGGUUUGGACUUGAAAACCGACGACAUAGUCUCGGUUAUUGUUUUCCCUUUCUCCUUCGUCUUGCUUAUAGCUGCAGUGAAAGGGUCCACUGGGAUUACACUAUCAGCUGAAGUUGAAGUUGAUCAGGUUAUGGAUUCAGAACAACCCCUUUUGGGCAAUAAACAACAACCCGAUGACAUGACGACAGGAUUUUCUUCAGCUUCAGUCGUCUCGAAAGCCUUCUGGAUUUGGAUGAACCCACUGUUGAAAAAAGGGUACAGCUCGCCGCUCGGUAUAAACGACGUGCCUUCCCUUUCGCCCGAGCACAGAGCCGAGAAAAUGUCCCAACUGUUCCAAAAGAAUUGGCCCGAACCCGAGGAGAACUCGAAACACCCGGUCUUGAAAACGCUCGUCCGGUGCUUCUGGAAAGAAUUCGCCUUUACGGCAUUCCUUGCUGUCAUCAGGCUGUGCGUUCUCUACGUGGGGCCCACAUUGAUACAGCGUUUUGUAGAUUUCACGUCAGGCGAGAAGAGGUCCUCGCCCUUCGAAGGAUAUUAUCUAGUCGGCAUUCUGUUGGGGGCUAAGUUCGUCGAGGUCCUGAGCUCUCAUCAGUUCAACUUCAAUGCCCAGAAGCUCGGCAUGCUCAUUCGCUCUACCCUCAUCACCUCACUCUACAAGAAGGGCCUUCGCCUAUCGGGAUCGGCCCGACAGGCCCACGGAGUGGGCCAGAUUGUUAACUACAUGGCGGUCGAUGCCCAGCAGCUCUCGGAUAUGAUACUUCAAUUACAUUUCCUCUGGCUUAUGCCUUUGCAGCUAACGGUUGCCCUAGUCAUUCUCUACCAAUACUUAGGAACCUCGACUCUUGCAGCAAUAAUCGGGCUCGUUUUAGUAAUGGUGUUUGUUCUGGUCCGGACUAAGAAGAACAAUGGUUACCAGUUCAGCCUCAUGAAAAACCGAGACUUGCGCAUGAAGGCCACGAACGAGAUGCUCAACUACAUGCGGGUGAUUAAGUUCCAAGCAUGGGAGGAGCAUUUUAACAAGAGGAUACAAUCUUUUCGGGAGACUGAAUACGGGUGGCUCACCAAAUUCAUGUACUCCAUCGCGGCUAACAUUAUCGUGCUGUGGAGCACGCCAGCUCUUAUAGCGACCAUCACGUUCGGAAGCGCGGUUCUUCUCGGUUUUCCCCUCUCGGUGGGGACCGUUUUCACGGCGACUUCGCUGCUGAAGAUGUACAAGGAGGCCAUUAGAGUUUGCUGCUUGGAGAAAGACCUUGAAAUGAUGGAGUUUGGGGACCAAACCGAGAUUGGAGAGCGUGGUAUCAAUCUGAGUGGCGGACAGAAGCAGAGAAUUCAACUUGCACGUGCGGUUUAUCAAGAUUGUGAUAUAUAUCUGCUUGACGACGUGUUUAGUGCUGUUGAUGCACACACUGGAUCAGAAAUAUUCAAGGAGUGUGUAAGAGGAGCUCUUAGGGAGAAGACCAUUAUACUUGUGACCCACCAAGUAGAUUUCUUGCAUAAUGUCGAUCAAAUACUCGUCAUGAGAGACGGCAUGAUUGUACAAUCCGGAAAGUACAACAGCCUGCUCGAGUCCGGCACUGAUUUCCAAGCCUUGGUAGCUGCACACGACGCCUCUAUGGAGCUCGUCGAUGUUGAGACCAAAAAUGAAGCAAAAACUUUAACUACCCAAAAAUCUUUUAAAGUCGGCGAAGAAAACAGCGAGAGUAACUCUCAUGAACAAUCGGAGGCUAAUAAUAGCGGUAGCUCUAAGCUCAUCAAGGAAGAAGAACGGGCGACUGGUAAAGUAAGCUUGAAAGUCUACAAAUUGUACUGCACGGAGUCUUUUGGGUGGUGGGGUGUGGCAGCUGUUCUGUUCCUGUCCAUAACAUGGCAAGGAACUUUAAUGUCGAGCGACUAUUGGCUGGCUUACGAGACCUCUGAAAAACGAGCCGCGUCUUUUAAUCCUUCCCUGUUUAUUGAAGUGUAUGCUGUUUUGUCUGUUGUUGCUUUCGUGCUGGUUCUAUUGAGAAGUGUUUUGACGACAGUUAUGGGGUUAAAGACCUCUCAGAUUUUCUUCUGCCAGAUUCUUCACAGCAUUUUGCAUGCUCCUAUGUCGUUUUUCGAUACCACGCCUUCUGGAAGAAUCUUGACUCGGGCAUCGAGUGAUCAAACCAAUGUGGAUAUUUUGAUUCCUUUCUUUAUGAGUAUUACUGUUGCAAUGUACGUAACUCUUCUCAGCAUCAUCAUCAUCACUUGUCAAUAUGCCUGGCCGACUAUAAUCAUAGUGAUCCCACUCGGUUGGCUUAACUUCUGGUACCGGGGAUACUACCUUUCCACCUCCCGUGAACUGACUCGACUUGACAGUAUCACAAAAGCACCUGUCAUUCAUCAUUUCUCCGAGAGCAUAACGGGUGUCAUGACUAUUCGUUGCUUUCGAAAGCAAGAGAGCUUUUGCCAAGAGAAUGUUAAUCGAGUGAAUGCAAAUAUACGCAUGGAUUUUCACAACAAUGGAUCGAACGAGUGGCUGGGAUUUCGUAUGGAGCUAAUCGGGAGUUUGAUCCUCUGUGUGUCUGCUAUGUUCAUGAUAGUGUUACCUAGCAGUAUCAUCAGGCCAGAGAAUGUCGGGUUAGCUCUUUCAUACGGGCUUUCCCUUAACUCGGUGUUAUAUUGGGCCAUAUACAUGAGUUGCUUCUUGGAGAACAGAAUGGUUUCAGUUGAGAGGAUAAAACAGUUCACUGUCAUUCCAUCUGAAGCAGAAUGGAGGGAAAGGGAUUUGCUUCCUCCGAUUAACUGGCCGAGCCACGGAAAUGUUGAGCUCAAAAACUUGCAGGUAAGAUAUCGUCCAGAUACUCCUCUAGUGCUCAAAGGAAUUAGUCUCAUCAUAAAUGGUGGAGAGAAAAUUGGUGUAGUGGGCCGUACAGGCGGAGGAAAAUCGACUCUAAUCCAAGUCUUGUUUCGAUUGGUCGAACCUUCGGCUGGGAAAAUAAUCAUCGACGGCAUAGAUAUUUCGGCAUUAGGGCUUCACGAUCUUAGGUCUCGAUUCGGAAUCAUUCCACAGGAGCCUGUGCUUUUCGAAGGAACUGUGAGGAGCAACAUUGACCCAACUGAACAAUAUUCAGAUGAUGAAAUAUGGAAGAGUCUUGAACGUUGUCAACUUAAAGAAGUAGUAGCCGCAAAACCGGGGAAGCUCGAUUCUGCUGUUGUUGACAAUGGUGAUAACUGGAGUGUGGGCCAGAGGCAACUUCUAUGUUUGGGUCGAGUGAUGCUAAAGAAAAGCCGACUUCUGUUUCUGGACGAAGCAACUGCGUCCGUCGAUUCACAUACAGAUGGCGUGAUCCAGAAGAUCAUAAGAGAAGACUUUGCGGACUGCACGAUUAUAAGCAUUGCCCACAGAAUACCGACUGUUAUGGACUGUGACCGAGUUUUGGUCAUAGAUGCAGGAAAAGCAAAGGAAUUUGACAGACCAUCUAAUUUGCUCGAGAGGCCGUCUCUUUUUGGGGCAUUGGUUCAGGAAUAUGCCAACCGAUCAUCCGAACUUUGA